AGUUCAAAGCAGCGCCUCGCCACCAGACGAACACACAGAUCGCUACAGCCCGCAUGACCAACCUCUCCGCCAUGGCAGCGUACCAAUCCUACGUGAUCCGAUUCGACGGCCACUUCGACGAGCCGUCGCCGAGCUCCGCGGGCGCCGAGCCGCCGGGCCCGCAGCCGCCGUUCGCAGGGAGGAUGAUCUCGCUCGAGCGGGAGCACCAAGUCAUUGUCGCCGCCCUGCUGCACGUCGUCUCCGGGUACGCCACGCCGCCGCCGCAGGUCUUCACUCCGCCGCCGGCAGCGGCGCGCUGCCAGGUGUGCGGGAUGGAGCGGUGCCUCGGCUGCGAGUUCUUCGCCGCCGGGGAGGGCGCAUUGGGCGGCGGCGCGGAGAAGGCGGCCGCGACAGGAGGCGCGGCGGCGGGGCAGAGGAGGCGGAGGAAGAAGAAGAACAAGUACCGCGGCGUGCGGCAGCGGCCGUGGGGGAAGUGGGCGGCGGAGAUCCGCGACCCGCGCCGCGCGGUGCGCAAGUGGCUGGGCACGUUCGACACCGCCGAGGAGGCCGCCAGGGCCUACGACCAGGCCGCCAUCGAGUUCCGUGGCCCGCGCGCCAAGCUCAACUUCCCGUUCCCGGAGCAGCCGACGGGGCACGACGAGCCCAUCAGCAGCAACGGCGAAGCGAGCGCGGCCGCCAGGUCGUCGGACACCACGCCGUCGCCGUCUCUCUGCAGCGCGGACGCCGAGGAGCGCGGGCAGCCAGAGUGGCCGAGCGCCGGGCAGGAGGCAGGGGAGCAACUGCUCUGGGAAGGCCUGCAGGACCUGAUGAGGCUGGACGAAGGCGAGCCCUGGCUCCAUCCAGCCUCAAGCGCUUGGAAUUGAAAUUUGAAACGCCCGCGAUCAGAUCCCAGCCGUUCAACUAGUUUGAAAUAGGAGCAUCCUAGCCUUUCGCUAUGCUUCUUUUUUUUUCUUCCCUCCUUAACUCUUCUUUUUCUAACCUCUGUUGUACUUAUUUGGACAAAGCAGAGUUUUG